CCAGAGCUCAACUAAUUAAAGAUAUACGUUUUUUUAAGCUUAUUUGUGUAUAAUAGCUAUAUUAUUUGUGCAUCUGUAAAUACAGUUUGGUUUAUUACGGUUUUUACUACAGCUGUUAACAGCAUUACUGCCGUCCACCUCUGCAGCGUUAUUAGUCUGCAGUUUAUUCAGCUGAUAUCAGUACUUCAUUAUUUCGUUUUAAGAGUCACUGUCGCCAACCCCAGCGCGUCAUAAUGCUUUUUGAAAGUUUUGACCUAGUAUCGGCUCUGGCGACACUUGCGGCUUGUUUAGUGUCAAUGGCUUUGCUGCUGGCCGUGUCCCAGCAGUUGUGGCAGCUGCGAUGGACCGCCACCCGGGACAAGAGCUGCAAGCUGCCCAUGCCCAAGGGCUCCAUGGGAUUCCCCGUCAUCGGAGAGACCUGCCACUGGCUCUUCCAGGGCUCCGGGUUCCAUGCAUCGCGGAGGCAGAAAUACGGGAAUGUGUUUAAGACUCACCUGCUGGGCCGGCCGCUGAUCCGGGUGACGGGAGCGGAAAAUGUGCGUAAGGUGCUGAUGGGGGAGCACAGCCUGGUGACCGUGGACUGGCCCCAGAGCACCAGCACCCUGCUGGGGCCCAACAGCCUGGCCAACUCCAUCGGAGACAUCCACCGCAAGAGGAGGAAGGUGUUCGCCAAGGUGUUCAGCCACGAGGCGCUGGAGAGCUACCUGCCCAAGAUCCAGCAGGUGAUCCAGGAGACGCUGCGGGUUUGGAGCAGCAACCCACAGCCCAUAAAUGUGUACCGCGAGUCCCAGCGGCUGUCCUUCCACAUGGCCGUGCGGGUGCUCCUGGGCUUCCGCGUCUCUGACGACGAGAUGCGCCACCUCUUCAGCACCUUCCAGGACUUCGUCGACAACGUCUUCUCCCUGCCCAUCGACCUGCCCUUCACCGGCUACAGGAAGGGGAUCCGUGCCAGGGACACUCUGCAGAAGUGCAUUGAGAAGGCCAUUCGGGAGAAGCCUCUGUGCACCCAGGGGAAGGAUUACGCCGACGCGCUCGAUGUCCUCAUCGAGAGCGCCAAGGAGCAUGGCACGGAGCUCACCAUGCAGGAGCUGAAGGAGUCGACGAUCGAGCUGAUCUUCGCGGCCUUCGCCACCACGGCGAGCGCCAGCACGUCCCUGAUCAUGCAGCUGCUGCGGCACCCGUCGGUGCUGGAGCGUCUGCGUGAGGAGCUGCGCAGCUGCGGCAUCCUGCACAACGGCUGCCUGUGUGAGGGCGAGCUGCGCCUCGACAACGUCUGCGGCCUCAAGUACCUCGACUGCGUCAUCAAGGAGGUGCUGCGGCUCUUCACGCCCGUCUCCGGGGGAUACCGCACCGCCGUGCAGACCUUCGAGCUGGACGGCGUACAGAUCCCGAAAGGCUGGAGUGUGAUGUACAGCAUCCGGGAUACCCACGACACCUCAGCCGUCUUCAAGGAUGUGGAGACGUUUGACCCCGACCGCUUCAGCCAGGAACGCAGCGAGGACAAGGAGGGCCGCUUCCACUACCUGCCGUUCGGGGGCGGGGUACGCUCCUGCCUGGGCAAGCAGCUGGCCACCCUGUUCCUGCGUGUGCUGGCCAUCGAGCUGGCCGGCUCCAGCCGCUUCGAGCUGGCCACGCGGACGUUCCCGCGCAUCGUCACCGUGCCCGUCCUGCACCCCACCGACGGCCUCAAGGUCAAGUUCUACGGCCUGGACUCCAACCAGAACGAGAUCAUGGCCAAGUCCGACGAGAUGCUGGGUGCCGCCGUCUGAUUGGCCGGGUGGUUGGGCGGGGGCGGGGCGGAGGAGGAGGAGGAGGGCGGGUGAUUGGGCAGGAGGAUGAGCGCCAGUGGAGCUGUUUACUGUUUCUCCCCAAAAUUAUGCUCCGUGAACUUUGGAAGAAAUUUUGA